UUCAUUUCAAAAUGCAUUUCAAAUAUGAAUGAUACAAAUAUCAUACCUUACCAAAGAAAUACUUCAGACAGGUGAAACUAAGCAAAUACAAAAAGUCUUGUAUAGUUAACAAGAUUAAGUUUUAUGUUUUAACGAUGCAGCGGAGUUCUGAAUCUGAUCAUAUUCAACUGGACUUGCAAACAAAUAGUAGAAAACGUAAUGUUCUAGUUGGCUUGACUGGCAGUGUAGCUGCACUCAAGGCGCCUUUGUUGGUAACACAACUACUGGAGAUUCCAGGGGUUGAUGUCCGUGUGGUCACCACUGACCAUGCCACUCAUUUUUACGAUAUCAGUGAAGUCCCUGUCCGUGUGUACACAGAUAAGGAUGAGUGGGAGAUGUGGACAAAGCGCUCUGACCCUGUGCUUCAUAUUGAACUUAGACGUUGGGCAGAUCUGCUAGUAAUCGCUCCACUGGAUGCCAACACACUUGGUAAAAUUGCCAGUGGAAUAUGUGACAACCUCCUGACGUGUGUGGUGCGGGCCUGGGACUCCAGCCGUCCUCUGCUCUUCUGUCCUGCUAUGAACACAGCCAUGUGGCAGCACCCUAUCACUGCACAGCAAGUGGCCACGCUUAAAAGCUUUGGCUACGUUGAGAUACCAUGCAUUGCCAAAAAACUAGUCUGUGGAGAUGAAGGUAAAGGCGCCAUGGCAGAGGUUUCAACUAUUGUUGAAACUGUCAAACAAUACAGUCCAGAAACAUCCUGAAUGACCUCGGACUAAACAUACCAAUGGCAAAGAGACACAACGUUAUCUAUGGAGCCCCAUUUCUUAAUAAAAACUAAAAAAACUAUAUUUCCAGAAUAAAAAAUAAUAAAUGGAAA